AUGCAUUAUUCGAAUAAUAGGAAUACUUAUUAUCAAUCGCCCUAUGCAUCUGACAACAGUAACAAUUCUGAUUCAGUAAAGGCAGCACAAGCAAUAUUUGCUAAAUAUAGAAACUCAAAUAUAAAUACAACUGCAAUUAAAACAUCUGAUAUUUCUAUUCCUGAUUCAAUCACUAAACGGAGUAACGGAAAUACUAAUAAAACUAUACGGAGAGUCGCUAGCAUUAAUAGUACCAGUUCUUCAAAAAAUCGACCAGUACCGCCAAGUGAUAUAUUUAAAAGAAAUAAUAGCAUUUCUGAAAGUGAAAGAAAAGAACUACUAUCACGUUAUAGAAUCCCCGUUGCUAAUAACAAUAACAAUGAUAUUAGGAAUAUUUCGUCUUCCUCCAUAGGAAAUCCUCCUAAAUUAGUGGUAAACAAAAAUAUUCAAGCAAGUAAGUCCUCAAAUGGUGGUGGCAAUAAUAGUAGAUCAAGUAGUAUUAUAAAACGGAAAGCUAGUAAUACUGGUCUUUCCAAUGUUCUUGCCAAAAGUAGAACAAGUAGUGUUUUAAAUGGCAUAAAUAUCUGUAAUACUAGCAGCGCCACUAGCAGUACUAACAAUAGCAGAAAAAAUAGUAUUUCUAGCAAAAAUUCAAACUUAUUAUCCAAACAAAGACAUAGAUCUAUAAGUAAUAGCAGUACUGGUACAAAUAGCACUAUAAAAUUUAAUAAUUGCUGUUCUAGAACUGCUUCUGUCACUACUAAUAUUAUGACUGAUAAAGAAAAGGAUCAAACAACCUUGGAUACUAUUGACAAAGAAUCAGGAAAGGGAAAAGAGGAACAACAACAACAAGAAAAGGAAGAACAACAACAACAGCAGCAGCAACAACAACAACAAGAUGAGGGAAAAUACACUGAAGUUUUAGAUAAUAAUGAUAUUCUUAAAACUUCCUAUAAUACGAGUGUUCGACCUUAUACCCCAACAAAAAACACUCAUAAACGAAUACCUAUUACUUACAGUAAUAACGUAGUUGCAGCAGCAGCAGCAGCAGCUUCCAAGGCAUUAACUACUUUUGAACAGGAAAAAAUUGAAGAAAAUAAAAGAAGGAAACAAUUAAUUAAACAACAAAUUAUACAAAAACAAAAAGAAGAAGAACAGAAGAGGAAAAUAUUACAACAACUUAUUAUUAAGAAGCAGAAGGAGAAAGAAUUGCAAUUAGAACAAUUGAAUAGAAGUUUAGGCAUUAUACCAAAAUCAAAUACAAAUAUUACUACAAAUAACAAAAAUGACCCAACAAUUAGUAAUAAUUCAAUAAAUUUAGUCAGUAACAGCACUAAUUACAAUGUCAAUAACUUUACAAAGAAUAAUCGAACUAUCAAUAUUUCAGAUGACGCUCUAAACGAUGCUAAACACAAUACCCCAAAUACAGAUGAAGUUAGCAAGAGCAACAAAAAUAGCAGUCUAAAUAACAAACAAAAUAAUGGGGUAAACACUAGUCCGAAUACUAUGCGUACAAAUAUCAUAAAGAAAGAUGAUGACUCUCACAUUAAUGACUCAGAUGCUGCAUCAAGUAUAUCAAGGGUUACUUCCCUAUGCUCAUCGAUUUACAACCACAAUAAUAAUAUCAAUAAUAAUAAUGUCAAUAAUAAUAAUAAUAAUAAUAAUAAUAAUAAUGGUAUAAUGAAUCCUAGAGGGUCAUUGGAUAUUUUAUCUGUAGCAUCUUCUAACGAACCAAUGUGUUCAAUUUAUUCAAGUCCUAGUAUUAUUCACGAACCUGCUUUUGAAAAUGAUAUUACUACUAAUAGCGAUAGCAAUGAUAAUUGUGAUACUACCCAUGUUAAUAUGUCUGCUAUACAUAAAUUAAACAAAAUAACUGAACGUGUUGCCAAUGAAGCCAUCAAUUCUUAUAAAAAACACAUUUUAUCUAGAAAUGUUUCGCAUGGUAAUCACAACAGUACCAAGGAGGAUGCCGUCGCAACUGAUAGCAAAAAUAUAUUACUUUCUAUUGCGAAUAAUACAAAUCUAGCAAAAAAGAAGCCAGGGAUAAGUAAGGACCAUGCUCCCCAGAAAACAUUAGAUAAAUCCGAGUUGUCUACAUCCAUUGAAAAUACUGGUUUUUCUACUGUUGGUGUUAAUAGAGAUGAUAAAAAUGAUCAAUAUAACAGUAUAGGAUCCAAUAUUCCAAGCGAAGAAUAUAAUGCAAAAAAUGAGGGUGAGUAUAUGUUCAAACAGGAAAAUCCAAUCACUAAGGCUCCACAAAAUUGUGAUAAUAUUAGUACUAUGGUACCGAAACUGCCAACCUCGAAUAACAGUGCUAGUAAUAAUACUUUAAAGAAUACUCUUGCAAAUGACAACGGGAACAUUUUAACUCAUAAAAAAAGCAGUUCUACUUUAAGCAGUAGCGUUUAUAGUAAUAAUAAUAGAGUUCCACCACCACCGCCACCACCUAUCCUUCAUUCAUCAGUUAUUUCAGAAGCACCUCCGUCUCCUGUUAUAUCCACCUCAAAUGAUACCAAUAAAAUUACCAUAUCACCUUCUAUUGAUGAGACUACAGCUAGUACUCAUAACAAUGGAGUUGUCGACAAUAUUUGUGCCACUUUUCCAUUAAACGAUGAAAUUAUUACAAACAGCAGAGUACUCGGUAUUGAUAAUACACAUAAUGGGUUGAGAUCGAGUCUUUAUUCAAAUAGUAACUUGCGGAGUAUUAUGAGUGGUGAUACAAUGAGUAACAACAGCGAUUCUAUAUUAUCUUCCAAUAAUAAUGCUCAUAGUGUUUCUCUUAAUACUAAUACAACUACCAAUAACAUGCUUUAUAAUAAUAAAAUGAACAUUUAUAAUAACAACAAUAGCAACAACAACAACAACAACAAUGUUAACGAAAACGUUUCUAAUUCCAACCACAGCACAAAUUCUUACGAAAUGGAUCAAUUAGAUAGAAAUAACACGAAUACUAUGAACACAUCAUUUUAUGAAAAGUUUGUUAAGGAUAAUCUGAACAAUAACGUUACUGAAGAGGAUGCUGAACAAGAUGGAAAGGGUCUUUUUGCUAAUGAUGAUACUAUUCCUUUAGUUAACGUAGUAUCUCCCACACCAACUCCCUCCGAAAUUAAUUGUGGCAUGCAUAAUAAAACAAUUACUGAAAAAAAUAAUGCUACUACCAAUAAUAAUAUUGCCAAUACCAAUGUUACUUCUGAUUUUGCUGGUACCGCCACAACUGCGACUACCACCACCACUACAACUACCAAUAAUAAUAAUAAUAAUAAUAAUAAUAAUAAUAAUAAUAAUAAUAAUAAUAAUAAUAAUAAUAAUAAUAACAAUAAUAAUAAUAAUAAUAAUACUACGCUUUCUACUGACAAUACCAACCCUGGUAAUGAUUUGAUCUCAAUAUCACCUCCUUCUAAACCUAUAACAAUUGCUACUAAUGCUGUAGAUACCAAAAAAUUUCAAUUAAAAAAAAAUACUGAUGCUCAACAUGAAGAGCAUACCAAGAAUAAUAAGAAUAAGAAAAAUAAUAAUAGUAGUAAUAAUAAUAAUACAUAUUCUGUAAAAAAUCUAUCCUCUAAAAUGCUAAAACAUAGUUUUUUGAAAAAGAAGUUUAAAAGCCUGAGUAGCUCAUUAGGUUUUAAGAACAAUGGAAACUCCAAUAAAAAGGCAAAUAAUACUACAAACAAAAACACAAUAACUAAAGAUUUGAAUCAUACUAGGGAUCCUACUAAAAACACCAAGGAAAAAGUGUUUUUAAAAAACAUAUCUUCACCCAAAAGUGAUGAAACAAACUUUAAUGGCCCAAUGUCAAUUGAAAAGCCCCAAGACGCUAAAAAGACCAUAAAAUCGCAGGACACUGCUAAUAAUGGCAAAGCGAAACUAUCCAGCACUUCACUGUUGAAAUCUGCUAACGAUAUAGGAUGCCAGAGCAAAAUCGCUCACAAAACUGCCUCCAUUAACCAAAAUGUUGUUGCAACUGGAUCUGAUGGGAAAUCUACACCAAUAAAUACGAUUAAAAACAAAAAAAAUAUCGAAUUUAAAGCUAGCACUCCACCAAAUCUUAUUAAGAAUGAACAGGAAGUUUCAAACAGCAAUAAUAUCGUGAACAGAACCACUGAAAACGAUUUUCUUUUUAAUGAAUCAAACAUUAAACCAUCAAAUCACCGUGUUGAUCUUCCAAAAAAAACUAUUUCCCAAGAUACAAUCAUUACGAACCAGUCUAAUCCAUGUGGAAACAUAGAAGCACUUGCUUCUGCAGAUAGUUUUAAAAAUAUUGGUAAACUGAAGGGAAGCAGCACACCAAGAAACAGUAUUUCAAGAGAACAUGCGCAACACCAUGUUUUAACUACGAUGCGGAAUAAUGACGAUAUAAAUGACAAAAAAAAUAUCAGUAGAAUCAUGAAUAAAAACAGUCAGUACAAACAUCAUCGUAGUAAAAGCUCGCUUUAUUCUAUUGCCUCCAGCGUCAUUCCACACAAAAGUACUAGUAGUUUUGUAAAUGUGAAUGAAUUAAAAACAAAUGAAGCUAAUUAUAACAUUAACGGAACUGGAAUAACUGCCGCUGUUGCUAAGAAUGCUCGUAAAAAACUGAAAAGUGAUUUGUUAUAUGAUAAAAAUGAUAAAAAUUUGGGUACCACAUUACACAGUUCUUUAUCCAGGUUAUCCACUUCUUCAUGCUCUUCUUUGCCGUCUUCUUUAGCUACCUCGCCUAUUUCUUCAGAUUUAUAUGGAUUCGAUAAUUUCCCUACACCAAGAAGGAGUGUUAGUAGUAGUACUGCUAAUAAUGUAAGAUCUUUAUUAAACCCAAUGAAAAUAAAGGGGAAGAGGUUAUCCAUGGAUUCAUUGGUUAGUAGUAUUAGACCAUCAAUUACACAGAACUUAUCUAGUAACAAUCUGCAUAGUUUUUCUUCAUAUGAUAGUAGCGAUGAUAGCGUUGGAUUUACUGAUAGAAAUACGAAAUAUGAUGAUGAUUUUCAUUUUUAUAAUGAUGGUGCUGAUACUGGUGCCGGUGUUGAUUACGAUGACGGCACAGAAGAUGAUGAUAGUGCUUUGUCAUCGACUUCAUCUUCGAUAAAUUUGCCACCUAGUGAUGUUGAUGGUUCAACAAAUAAAAAAAGGAGAAAUAAUAAAAAACAAAUAAAGAAAGAUUACAACAAGAAAAGAAAUAGCUGUUUGAAUCUCCAAAAUAAAAAUCUCACUAACGGAAGUUUCCCCAUUGGUUAUAGUCAUAAUAGCAGCAAAAAUAAGAAUAAUAACGGAUCAGGCUUGAAUAACGAUGCACACGGAGCCACCAAUUCAAGUAUAUCUUCCUUAUACAAAUCUAAUGGUAGCUUGUCCAUAGCAGGCCAUAACCACAAUACUAACAUUAAGAACAAUAACAACGGGGAUUAUUUAGUAACAAAUAAGACAUUCAAUGAGGACAAACCUUGGAAACACCAUUUGGAUUUGGGAUAUAUUACAGCCAGUGAAAGGCAAAGAUAUGAGGGUAUCUGGAUUUCCAAUAAAAACAAAUAUUUAAAUUUAUUACCUUGGGAGGGUGUUUCGGAACACGCAGCAAAAAAGGACGCCAUUUUGAAUCUAAUUGUUUUGGAAAUAUGGAAUAGAUCUAAAUUAAGUCAGCGAUUAUUAUAUAGGAUAUAUAAUAUGGUUGACUUAAAUAAGGAUGGCACUUUAUCGAGGAAAAGUUUUAUUGUUGGUAUGUGGCUAAUUGAUCAAUGCUUAUAUGGAAAAAAGUUGCCUAAUAAAGUAGCAGAUAAGGUUUGGCAAUCUGUUGAUCACAUAAUUAUUGAAAAAAGUGGGAACAAGAGUAAAAAUAAAGCUACCCUUAAUAGUGGUACUAGUCAUAGGAAGAAACAUCAUGGCGAGAGUAGUAAAUUAUACCAUUCUAGUAAGAAAUUAGUUAAAGAAAGUGGGAGUAAAGUGAAGAAGCAUUUAAAGAAAAAUCUGAUAUAA